CAAGAAAACCCUCGCUGUUCUCACUAGGCCGGCCCUAACCAAUUCCAAUUCCAUUAGAAUUUGUUUUGGACACUGUAGAACAGUGAAUUGUCCAUUAAUUUCAUAUUUUUAUCUUGAAAAUAUUUUAUUAAAGAGAACGAAGAUGUUCAGAAGGUUGGCUUUAGGCUUAAGACAUACAAGGAACAUAACAAAAAGUUCUAAAAAGAUGGUUGCUGCUGAACCACUCACUGUACCUGCACCAGAUGGAAGCGCUGCAGUUUUUUCAGCCAAAAUUGAAAAAUUGGUCACCGACAUAUCCCAUCUUACGCUUCUGGAAGUGACCGAAUUAAGCACAGCUUUGAAACAGAGACUGAACCUGCCUGAUGCUCCGGUCAUGCCGGUUGGAGGAUUUGUCGCAGCAAAGGUUGAGGAAGAUGAAGACGUGGCUCCAAAAGCCGUUCAGACAAGUUUUACUGUCAAGUUGAUGGCAUUCGACGAGAAGCAGAAGGUUGCUCUAAUCAAAGAAUGCAAAAAUCUUCUCGAAGGCAUGAACCUUGUACAGGCAAAAAAAUUUGUCGAGAGCUGUCCAACUGUGGUCAAAGCUGAUGUUGGUAAAGAUGAGGCAGAAAAAUUAAAAGAAGCAUUGAGUAAAGUCGGUGCUGAAGUUGUAAUAGAAUAAACUGGAUUUUGCACUUUUUUAAGGAAACGUAUUGUAGAUGGUGUGUAAUAGUUAAAUAUAACUUUUAAUGUUU